UUUCAUAAACAAUCAGUUGCUCCAAUACCAACAACAGUUACUAGUCUGAAAUCAUGGGUUUUCGCUUGCCGGUGAUUGUUCAAACCAAGAACACGAUUCUUAGGGCUCUAUCUUCUCCAAAAUCUUUCGAUGUACCCAAAGGACAUCUUGCAGUAUAUGUUGGAGAAACAGAGAGAAGACGCUGCAUAGUUCCAAUUUCAUACUUGAAGCAUCCUUUUUUCCAGAGCUUGCUGAGCAAGGCAGAAGAAGAGUUUGGAUUUGAUCAUCCAAUGGGUGGUCUUACAAUUCCCUGCACAGAAGAAGAUUUUAUUGAUAUCACCCGCAGCUUGAAUUGAUGACCAGAUGUGAUAGAAAUACAGAAUUAUAGUUUUAACACAACUAACAAGAGAACCUUAGUUCAGCAUUUUUUUUUGUUCCAGUCUACUUUCAUGAGAUUGAGAGACAAAUACAAUAUAGAUGUAUGCACUUGUAUCAUUAUUCUUUUGCAAGAAGAUUAUACAGAA